UGGAUGUACGUAAGUACCGUUGAAAACUAAGGAACAACGACUUCGAGGCGGAUCAACAGUCGCGAAACGAAAGCACGAAAGUAAUUAUCUUCGUACGAAAGAAAAAAAUUAAUUGAUCGCUAAAUUGCGGUCAAUUUCACCGGCACUGCGAAGAAAAAUCUUGCUCCGGUAAGCGCAAUUACCCGUCUGCAACUACCACGCGAAAAGUCCCAGCAAACUUUGACAAAGUUUCUCUUAUCGAAGAAAUUAAACGGUAAUUUAAAUGUUCUUAAUUAACUUGUUACUUACGAAUACCGUACGUUUAAAACUUUUGGUUGAAUUUAUACAGCUUUCCGUUCUGUUCUAAAAUUCGACCAGCUUUAAUCGAUCGAUGGUGCGUCUCGUCGAACAGCGUUUCCAAAUAUCGCGUAAAUACGUUCUUGGAUCGAUACGUUAUCGUACGUUACCAACGUUCGAUUCUACCAACGUUUACGUAAUCUCCUCUAAAUAGACCGAUAUCUGGUUCUUGUUCCAGCAAAGAUGAAAAUUCCAGGAAAUGGAAAAAAUCGACAGAAAGACUCGCGUAUACGUAUCAACAACGACAACAAGGAUUUCUUCGGACUGUUCCAUAACCAUCGAAAAACACGAUUCGGUAAAGAAAAAAAAAAAUGACCAGAGUAAAGGCAGAAACGUCGGAUAUAUCCGUUCGCCCCCUCGUGCGAAUUCAACCCUGACCCGACACGCCGCUCGUCCACCGCUUCGGCAUACACCUACCCAAACGUCGACUCGACUCGAUCGCACCGCGGCACAAGUAGUAGUACGUGCCAAGUAGUAGGAGUGGAGGAUCGGCAGUCUCCGCUUGGUGGAGGAGGAAAAGCGACUGCGGAGAAGAGUCGGUCAGCCCGCCCACCCCCGUAUCGCCGUCUCCGUUCCAUCUUCCCUCUUGCGUCGAGCCAUCGACCGUACGGCUCUCUCGUGGAAACGGUAACGCUGGCGAAACGCUCGAGAGUGGGUGUCGACGACGACGAAGAGAGAAAGCGCGCGUUGGAUAGCAGCGAAGGAGCAAGAAGGAAAAUGGUCCGGAACAGAGACGAGAAGGGGACUUUCCGUUCGCCGGGGCCACGGCCGUGGGCAAGGUGGGCCACGGGCCACAGGGGCAGCCCCGAACCAACGCGUUCAGCACGCGACGACACGCUACCGUCACCUUCUCCCCUCUAUACGCGCCUGCCGUCUCUCUUCAUCCUCGUUAAAACCCUACAUCCGGCUGCCUCGCUCCACCGGGUUCACGCAUACGUAGGCGUUUCUGCGUCAACAGACACCACGACCGAAGCGUGGACCGCUCGUGGCACAGGGCACGGGGGACCAAAUCGAAAGCAAAGCCCGUAACCCCCGUUCCUGGGCCGAUCCCGCUUCAGACACGUCGCGUCCUCCGCGUGGUCCACAUCGUUUUCGUCCGCGUCGUCCACCCUCUAUCUCUUUCCAGCUUAGCCACGUUCCAUCUUCCUCCUUUCUCGGUCUUUCUAACCCUGCUGCGUACCCUUGUGCCCUUUCUCGUUUCGUUCUUGGUCCUCCUUCCGUCUCGUUUCGAUACUCGGCAAGCCCAACGUUCCUCCUAUUCCCCUCUUUCUCACAUCCCCUCCCUCUUCCCGCGUGUACUUCCUUCUUCGUCCCGCCUUCGUCUCGCUUCUUUCCUACGCUCUGCACACCUCCUGCUCCCUCCUUCCGGCCGUCCUUCUCGCCGCACGCUCGCCGGCCAACCGCAGUCGUCCAGCGCGCGUUUGCCCUCGUCGCGCGGACCUGCCACUCCGACGGCUACCAGGAGUAGCUGCACGCGCGCACGAGGUGCCCAGCGCCUGGAGGAGGUCCAGGAAGACAGCCGGAGAAGCGGGUACCACUGCGGCCGGCACCGUUCCAAUCGAGCUUUCACUCGUCAAACCGAUCGAUCGCGCGGUACCAUCGAGACGAGCUUCUUAUCGAUAGACGACCGCCAACAGUUUUAUCGGCUCGCGUUACCGAAACGACCUAUCGUUUGGUGAUAUUCUCGUUGAUUUCCCUUUAUCGGACCGAUCGUUGCGUAUAAAUAGUUGGCCACAAGAUCCAACUUUUCCUCGCGAGAUCAUAUUUCCUCCAAUUAUACUGGAAAUAUAGAAGGAAGAAUGGCAGUUGGAAGAUCGAAGCGGACGAGAAGAAGCGCAUGCACCGAAGAAGCAAGAAGAUUUGGUAUCGAGUGUUGAGAGAGAAACGAGAGGAUCGGAGAGUGGCGCGCGCCAACGCUUUCCAGCUAGAACCUCGUGCUACUCGGUGUAUCGUCGUUAAAGCACGAGCAAACCGUCUCCGUGUUACUUCUUGAUCGUCGUUAACCGUAAUAUCGCUGACGCUUUGCCGAGCCUCGCGAAAUCCAGAUUAAAUUCUACGCGUUAGAAAUCGAGGAAUUUGAAAGGAGAAGCAGCCUAACCGAGUAUUCCGUUCGACGAAGGAUCGAAGCGCGGAGAAACGAUGAGCGUCGAUCGCGGCAACGACGACGAACCGAACGACUCGAUAGCGUCUCUGUUCGAAGAUGACAUUUAACCUACGUCCUACGGAUAGAUCGCGUUGAUCGCGAGUCAUUAACGAGACAAUCGACGCGUCGAGCUUUGACGAGUUUGGCGUGCAAACACAGGAUCGAAGCGGAGAGAAACUCGUCGUGGCCUGUCAUACGUCGUAGGUGUAUCAUUAUAGAGUCUGGUUUCUCCUGACGCAUUCGAACACUCGUGAAAGCGGAAUCGCUUCCUGCGACGAUAAGUGUCACGGAAGAUCGGUGUCUAAAUUAUGCCGAGAAUCGUGGUUUCGCCGUGAAUCGAAACGGAGAUGGAAGAUUGAAAGAGAACUUUUGACGCGAAUACGAUCGACUAUUGGUGACAAAUCUGGUCCUUCCGAACGAGAAGAGGCGUUGUCUUAUUGAGGGAAAAAUCAACAGACUAUCGCGGAAAUCCUUGGAUCAAUAUGCCGCAUACAGGUCAAGCAGGAGUUAAUCAAUUGGGUGGUGUGUUUGUUAACGGGAGGCCAUUGCCCGAUUGCGUUCGACAAAGAAUCGUACAGCUCGCUUUGGUCGGCGUCAGACCUUGCGAUAUCUCACGGCAACUUCUUGUGUCUCAUGGAUGCGUCUCGAAGAUUCUCACGAGAUUCUACGAGACGGGAAGCAUUCGACCAGGAAGCAUCGGAGGAAGCAAAACGAAACAAGUGGCCACCCCCACGGUCGUGAAGAAGAUUCUACGAAUGAAACAAGAACAACCAACCAUGUUCGCUUGGGAGAUCCGAGAACAGUUGGCGCGACAAGGAGCUUGCGAUCCUCAAAGCUUACCCUCCGUCUCCUCGGUAAAUCGAAUUCUCCGAGGCGGUGGACUUCAUACGGAUCACACGGGGAUCGAGGGUGGUUCACCCAGCACGUACGCCUCGCAAGUUUCCUCGAACGUCGCCAACAGAGACACGCUCAUGAGAACGGAUUACCAAUUAUUUUAUCCGGGAUCGCUGGGACCGUUGCACGUUUCCACAACUUCCGGUAAUACCAGCGCACCAUCCUGGAAUCCAAGCUUUUACUCGUCUCUUUAUCAAGCAACUACGCUGCACUUGCAUCAUGGAAUGCAAUCGUUCACAUCGUUAGACGUGGAACGUCUGUCGGAACAAAGCGGACCAACGAACCAGGUCGAUUUAAAAUCCAGCUCGAGCUCGAUGGCGGGCAGCGACGACUCCUUGGACAAGAGCGACCUGGACGAGAACACAGAGUCCCAAGACCACUACAAGCCUUUCCAAAAUUCGCCUAUAAUCCUAGAACUCGGCCAGAAGAUCGGCAGCGAUCGUAGCGCGUUCGUCAGACACAGUACGUCCGGCUCGUCCGGAAACCUCGAGAAUCGACAGAGUCCACCGCCAACAAACGGCGACAAGCAGAAAAUAGCGGCGUCUCCGCGAAUCUUGGAAACGGGAAACGAGCAGAGCACCAUGGCCAAAGAAGCGGCGGUCGAAGGAAGACCGGCGCAACCUCAGAGAAAAAGGAAUCCUUACUCGAUAGAAGAGCUCCUGAAGAAGGACGAAGGCAAAAGCACCUCGAAGAGGCCGAAAUUGACGAAUCUCGGGGUGGUUCAACCCUGUGGAACUAUCCUGAACAAGGAAAUCUAAAGGAUCGCGGCCGAGAGAUAAAUAAAGCGGAGGGAAAGAUGAAUAUUUCAAGAUCUGAUAAGAUAGAGGCUAAAUGAUGAUCGUCUGGAUUUGGGAGAAUUUUCGACGCGCAGAAUCCAGGAUGAUUGCGUUUGGAUGGUGAACGUCGAGGAUGAAGAUGCGAUUGGUUGGAAACGAGAUGGAUGGACGAGCUAGGACAGAGGGAGGUGUAUGGUCGAAACGAUCGAUGAAUGUUGCGACGAUGAAAUUGGAACUAGGCUUAUAUUAGAUAUUCGUGGCUCUGUAUUUUUCCGAU